AUGGUUCUUUUUAAGUUGUCCUUCCCACUAUUUACUCUUCCCCUUCAACCCUUAUUUUACCUUUGUCCUCCAACCCCUCCAUCUCUACCCUCCAAACCUUCCAUCUCUACCCCCACCAAACCUUCCAUCUCUACUCCCUCCAAACCUUCCAUCUCUACCCUCCAAAUCUUCCAUCUCUACCCUCCAAACCUUCCAUCUCUACCCUCCAAACCUUCCAUCUCUACCCCCACCAAACCUUCCAUCUCUACCCUCCAAACCUUCCAUCUCUACCCCCUCUACCCCCACCAAACCUUCCAUAUCUACCCUCCAAACCUUCCAUCUCUACCCUCCAAACCUUCCAUCUCUACCCUCCAAACCUCUCUCUACCCUCCAAACCUUCCAUCUCUACCCUCCAAACCUUCCAUCUCUACUCUCCAAACCUUCCAUCUCUACCCCCCUUCCACCAAAACCUUCCAUCUCUACCCCCACCAAACCUUCCAUCUCUACCCUCCCAAACCUUCCAUCUCUACCCUCCAAACCUUCCAUCUCUACUCUCCAAACCUUCCAUCUCUACCCCCACCAACUCCCUCCAAACCUUCCAUCUCUACCCCCACCAAACCUUCCAUCUCUACCCUCCAAACCUUCCAUCUCUACCCACCAAACCUUCCAUCUCUACUCCCUCCAAACCUUCCAUCUCUACCCCCUUCCAUCCAAAACCUUCCAUCUCUACCCACCAAACCUUCCAUCUCUACCCACCAAACCUUCCAUCUCUACUCCCUCCAAACCUUCCAUCUCUACCCCCACCAAACCUUCCAUCUCUACCCCCACCAAACCUUCCAUCUCUACCCUCCAAACCUUCCAUCUCUACCCACCAAACCUUCCAUCUCUACCCACCAAACCUUCCAUCUCUACCCCCACCAAACCUUCCAUCUCUACUCCCUCCAAACCUUCCAUCUCUACCCCCACCAAACCUUCCAUCUCUACCCACCAAACCUUCCAUCUCUACCCACCAAACCUUCCAUCUCUACUCCCUCCAAACCUUCCAUCUCUACCCACCAAACCUUCCAUCAUUACCCACCAAACCUUCCAUCUCUACCCACCAAACCUUCCAUCUCUACCCUCCAAACCUUCCAUCUCUACCCACCAAACCUUCCAUCAUUACCCACCAAACCUUCCAUCUCUACCCACCAAACCUUCCAUCUCUACCCACCAAACCUUCCAUCUCUACCCACCAAACCUUCCAUCUCUACUCCCUCCAAACCUUCCAUCUCUACCCCCACCAAACCUUCCAUCUCUACCCCCACCAAACCUUCCUUCUCUACCCUCCAAACCUUCCAUCUCUACCCACCAAACCUUCCAUCAUUACCCACCAAACCUUCCAUCUCUACCCUCCAAACCUUCCAUCUCUACCCUCCAAACCUUCCAUCUCUACCCUCCAAACCUUCCAUCUCUACCCACCAAACCUUCCAUCUCUACCCUCCAAACCUUCCAUCUCUACCCUCCAAACCUUCCAGUUUGUCUCAAUAA